AUGAUGUAUGCAAAGCCAACGUUAUUAAUUUGGUUUCUGGUGCUUAUGUUUCUAAUAAAAGAGGUAAGGCCUCGAGUGGAGUUUACUAACUUGAAGUGUACGUCUGUGGACGAAGAUUUUGCCGAAUUUAGCCAAUGCACUCUGAAGUCGAUAAACCGUACGUAUAAAUACGUUUCGGUAAGGGUUAAGCUGUAUAAACUGCCAAUUACCAAAGCACGGGUCAACUUUGGACUGUACAAACGGUUUAAUGGUUACAAGCCGUUCCUAUAUAAUCAAACCGUUGAUGGUUGCCGUUUUUUCAACCGUCAGAAGGCAAAUCCUGUAGCCAAGUACUUUUUUGACAUGAUUAAGGAUGCUUCAAACCUAAACCACUCCUGUCCAUACAAUCACGAUCUUAUUGUGGAAAAAGUUUCCAUUGAUACGGUUGAUCACCACGUUACAAAUAUUCUCCCUUACCCGAAAGGUGAUUAUAUGUUGGAAACUCAAUGGAUGCUAAAUGAUAAGUUUGCCGGAGAAAUUCAGGUGUAUUUGUCUCUGUUCUAA